UAACUGUAUAAUUAUACCGUAAUUACCUUGAAAUUAUAGAGUUUUAAGGCUACUUAACUCCACUUUAAAAGAUGGCAUCUCCUGGUGCCCCUCCUUCUUAUGAACAAGCUAACAGAGAGAAUCAGUCCAUAAAAGGUUUGGAUGCCCAGCCUCCAAGAUACUCUGACCCGGAGAGUCAGACAGCUACACCCAGUGAGCCCCCUCCAUCCUAUGAAUCCCUGUAUGGACGUGUCAAGGCAGCUCAGCUUCAAUCAGAAAGCAAACCACAGUUCUUCAAGAAAGUCCUGACAAUUAUCAUGGGAACUUUGGGUUGUACCAUUUGUCUUGGAAUUAUACUGGCCAUACCAAUCUCCAUGAUUGUCAUGGGCAGCUUAUACUUUCAUGACUGCCCUGCUGAGUGGCUCAUUCCAUUGUAUCUGGUUGUUGCUGGAUCUGUUGGAAUUGUCAAGAAUUUUUCAAGUCUGUGUCAGAAAGUGAAAAAUGACAGAGAAAAUGCAGAAGAUGAUAAUGUGAAAACCACAAAGUUCGAUUCAAUGUUGAACUGUUUCCUAUUGGUUUGGUUUAUUUUUGGGAAUGUUGUGAUCUACAGAACAUAUGACUCAUACAGCACAAUUCCAGGGCAUCACAACUACUGCAAUCCUACACUGUAUGACUAUGCCUUCUGGCUGACCACAGCUACUUAUAUACUCCUGGGCACCUCCUGUUGUUGUAUCUGUUUCUGUGGGUGUCUGGCCAGUCUGGCAGGGGGAGAUAAGUGAAUCUCACAUGGGAUAAA